UAAUUUUUGGAAACGCUGCGCACCUUUUGGCGUUAACGAACACUGACGACCGAACCGCCUUCCAGCUCUCCACUCUCGUUUUUGCGUCUUGUUCUUCGAGUUGUGCGGACGUGUGCGUGCGCCUCUAUUGUACUCGUGUGUGUGAAACGACUGGAGGAUCGGCCGACCGACAUUUAGAAAAGCAGCCACGCCACAUAUUAAAAAGGAAGAGAGCAAACAAUUUCAAUUUUAAGCAUUUAAACAGAAAAGGAAGCAAACAUGACUGAAGUCGAGCAACCGCCACAGAAUGGCAUAGACCCAACCGCCGGCGAUCACGACGAGGACAGCAAAGCGCGUCCCGCCGAUAUUGAACAGGAUAUGCGCGAAAUGGAGCGCCGCAAACGCGUCGAGGCCAUUAUGGGCUCGAGGCUGUUCCGCGAGGAACUGGAACGCAUCGUCGAUUCGGCCCGUGAGGGAGGUGGCGGGGCCAGCGGCAUACUGCAGCAGCUGUCGGACAUUGUGGGCGUGCCGGUGAGCCGGGUGGGCAGCGUUUUCAAGAGCAGCAGUUGCAUGGUGCCCAUUAACGAUAUACGCGGCGUGGAGUCCAUGGGCUAUGCCAAGGGCGAGAAAAUACUCCGCUGCAAGCUGGCUGCCACAUUCCGUCUGCUGGAUUUGUACGGCUGGACGCAGGGUCUGGGGGCACAGAUCACCGCACGCCUAAAGGUCGACCAGGAGUACUUCCUGGUCAAUCCCUAUGGCCUGCUCUAUCAUGAAGUCACUGCCUCGGCGCUAAACAAGGUGGAUAUGCAGGGCCAUAUUGUGGAGCAGGGCACCACCAACUUUGGCGUGAACAAGAGCCACUUUGUCCUCCACUCGGUGGUGCAUGCAGCACGCCCCGACAUUCGCUGCGCCAUCUACAUUGGCUGCAGUCCGGUUGUGGCCAUCUCUUCGUUGAAGACCGGCCUGCUGCCCCUCACCAGGGAUGCCUGUGUGCUGGGCGAGAUCACCACGCACGCGUACACGGGCCUGCUCGAUGAGGAGGAGCGCAACCGCCUUGUCCGCAGCCUGGGGCCCAACUCCAAGGUCAUACUGUUGGCCAACCACGGCGCCCUAUGCUGCGGCGAGACCAUCGAAGAGGCCUUCUUCGCCGCCUGCCACAUUGUGCAGGCGUGCGAGACGCAACUGAAGCUACUGCCCGUGGGUGUGGACAAUCUGGUGCUAAUUCCCGAGGAGACGCGCAAGAUCAUCUACGAGCAGUCGCGCCGGCCCCCAGAGGACCUGGAGAAGAAGUUUGCCGCCGUCACGGCUGCCGAGGAUGGAGCCACUGCCACGGAGCCUGCUGUCGCUGAACAGGCGGCUCCCACGCCCAAAAUCGGCAGUCCGCCCAAGUGGCGUGUUGGGGGAGCCGACUUCGAGGCCCUUAUGCGCAUGCUGGACAAUGCUGGCUAUCGCACAGGCUACAUCUACCGCCAUCCCCUGAUUAAAUCGGAUCCACCCAAGCCCAAGAACGACGUGGAGCUGCCACCGGCCGUGUCAUCUCUCGGCUAUCUGCUCGAGGAGGAGGAGCUCUUUAGACAGGGCAUCUGGAAGAAGGGAGAUCUGCGCAAAGGAGGCGACCGCAGUCGCUGGCUCAACUCCCCGAAUGUGUAUCAGAAGGUCGAAGUCCUGGAGACGGGCACCCCAGAUCCCAAGAAAAUCACAAAGUGGGUCGCUGAGGGUUCACCCACCCAUUCGACGCCCGUGAGGAUCGAAGAUCCGCUGCAGUUUGUGCCAUGUGGGACGAAUACCAAGGAGUUUAAGCGCGUCCAACAGCAAAUCAAGGAUAAUCGACGUGCGGACAAAAUCUCAGCUGGACCACAAUCUCAUAUACUGGAGGGCGUGACCUGGGACGAAGCGAACCGCAUCAAAGAUGCCACUGUCUCGCAGGCCGGUGAUCACGUGGUGCUAAUGGGUGCCGCCUCCAAGGGAAUCAUUCAGCGGGGCUUCCAGCACAAUGCGACUGUCUACAAGGCGCCAUACGCCAAGAAUCCCUUCGACAAUGUGACCGACGAUGAGCUGAAUGAGUACAAGCGGACGGUGGAGCGCAAAAAGAAGAGCAUUCAUGGCGAAUACACCGAUACGGACUUUUCGGAAUCAGAGGCUCUUAACUCGAUGCAGGCAGCGGGAGCUUUGGCUCAUGCCAAACACGCACAGAGCGAACCCGAGACGGAACACCAAAUUAUCCAGAUUCAAACGCAACAGGCGCCCAUUCCCAGCCAAGCGGAAGUUGUAUUGAGCGAUGAGGUACGGUCUUAUUUGACCCGGAAAUAUUCAUUUCUGUGGGAUCCCAGGCAGUACCUUGACGCCUGCGUCGGUGCCACCCAUCGAGUGCAGCAGGUGAAUGUAAUACACAAGGUGGAUACAGUCAGCAGGCACAACUAUCCCCCCAUCAACAUCCACAACAACAUCAACCACAAUACGACCAUGGAGAACAAUGCGACAAGCGCCUGGGUGGAUCUGCCCAGCAGUACACCGCAUCGAGGUCCCAUCGUUAACUCUCCGAAUGCCGGGGAGACGGUUCCAUUCCGGACAAUCUCUCACUAUGGAUUUAAUUGUCCACUCAAUAGUGCACCCAGCAUCCUGCUCCAUCCAGAACACAAAUCCAUUUGGCAAAAUGUAUCUGAGCAGCGGGAAAAUGUGUUCUCUUUCAUUAAUCUGUCGAUCUUGACCAAGGAGAAUCGGAAGAUGCUCGAUGUCCUGGCAGCUGCAGCAACAACACCAACAUCGGCGUCGACAGUCAAGCAGCAGCCAUUGUCUUCACCCACCUAUGUCUCGGAGAAGCAGAUUCGAUUGGAGCCAACGCCCCCGCAGAGGAAGCAGCGCGUUUACAGUGCCACGGCGAGCAGUGGCAGAAGCUUUGAUGAUUCUUUGGACGAGCUCGAGUCUAUGUUCGAAUCCAUAACUAUGGCCAGCCCCCAAAGACAGCCACAGUCACAAGACUAUAGUCUCUAUCGCAGCUAUAACUUUCUGCCGAGAGACCAUGCACUGUCAGUGGACACGGACGCGAAUGGAAACGGGGUGAAGCACAGCAGACGGCCCGAGGCAGAGCAGAGCAUCUACCAAAACGGCGACGACAGCGGCUUGGGUAGGCGGCGGGAACGAACCACUACGAGCAAUGGUUCGUCUACGCAGGAGGCCGAGGCCUAUACCCCGGGCAAACAUGUCAGGCUGACCUUGAGCAGCUCGCCCCUGGCUGGCGCUACAUCUCCGACCCCCACGACCAUUGAGGUUCUGAUCAAUGUGUCGCUGCGCAACGCCGAGUGCGUCCAGACGGUGCAGACGCACGAGCAAGAGUUCCGGGCCAAACUGGAGAAGGUCAUCGAUGAAGAGAUCCACUACAUCUCGCAGCAGCUAGCCACGCGACAGCGAACCGCUCAGAUACUCCAAGAUCAGCCAGCCCCUACUCGUGCUCCGCUGGCCACGCCCACACCGUCCCAGUUGCUGCAGCGCAGCAAUUCGGCACCGGUCCUGUGCCACGCCUACAGCUAUGUGGACCUGGCCGAGACCGAUAUGACUGGAAAGCCGUCGCCCUCAACUAUUUCCGACAGUGGUGUCGGUGCCGGUGCAGCGUCCGGUUCGUCUCCAUUGGUGUCCCCAGGGGAGGCUGAUCUGAAUACCCAUCUCAGCUCAUUCGAGAAUAUGUUGCAGAGCUUGCUGAAUAAUGUUAUUAAAGCCCAUAUGCUCCACAACCAGGCCUUCAUCACGGACUGUCGUGCGCGCUUUUCGCAGCUGUCCGAGGGUCUGGCCUCCUGCGGAAUAUCCCCCGUCAAGUCUCUCAAUCAUUACUAAAUCAUAAUAUUUGUG